GUGAAGAUUAAAGCUCUGCUCGAGCGGGUUCACUCCAACUGGGAUGCUUCGGUCACGGCUGACCAGACAAUCCUAACGUCGCUGCAGCUGCUGUUCCUUCUGACCAACCUGAAGCCGACCACAAAGAUCAGUGAGCUGAGGGUGGAUCAGAAAUACACCUUGCUUGGUCAGCGAUGUGUGAUGGCCCAUUCCCGUCUUGCCGCUCACCAGGGCAGCAAUUGGCGCCGCAUAGUGGAACCAGUUCUGGGAGCUGGGGUGAAUAUCACUGAGGAGAGUGUCCAGAGGGUUGCCUUGGAAUGUGGCUGGCAGUCCACAUGGAUGACCGAGGAGGUAACGACCUAUGCCCAGCGUAAAGCUGCAGCAAGAAGGCAGAGUGCCGACGAGACGCAAGGACGUCUCAGUUUCACUCAAAGACCUGCUCCAGCUGUUGCCCCAACGGGUCCGCCAUUGCAAGGCAGAGUGCCAGACGCAGUCGUUUCUGAUGCUUUGCCAACGGGUAAUGACAGCCAGGCUGGGACUGGGGAACAAGGCAGAGUAGAAGUGGCCAGUGCACCUGAGCCAGAUGAGUUGUCAGUGCUGAUGGAGCUAGACACUUCUGGGAACAGUGAGCCGACGGCUGGUGCUGACAUGUUUGCAGCAGCCAAGUCGAAAGCCAAAGCCAAGCCCAGAGCCAAGGGCAAGUCGAAAGCCAAAGCCAAGGCCAUGGCGACGGCACUCAGCGACGAGGUCGAUGUCGAGGGCCAGGCCGAGGACCAGACCGAGGCCAACGAUUUCAUCCCUGGUUUGACUGAGGAGGACCAGGUCGAGGGCCAGGCCGAGGACCAGACCGAGGCCAUUGAUGUCAUCCCUGGUUUGACUGAGGAUGUGGCGAAUGAGCCCGUGAGUCCUCCGAACCGAUGGAACCAGGACAUCUGUGUCAUUUGCCAUGGGGAGAUGAAGCAGGACCAGGCUUUGGAAGCGCUGGUGUGUGGCCACCUCUUUCACAGAGAUUGCAUCAAUCGAUACUGUGACACGACCGGGCGAGACAAGGCCAAUGCUUGCCCUCUCAAGUGUUCGAGCUCGAGCUCGACGAGAUUCUUUUUGCGACCGGGUCAACAGGCGGCCAGGGGCAGCAAUGACCCUGCUCCUGUUCAAGAUGAUGCCGAUGUCAAUGAUGUGAAUGAGCUGAUUAACGAAAUUGAAGCCCAAAUCGUUGACGACAGCACUCAUCGUGAGCGUGCUGAGGCCAUCGACCCGGUCGUGGACUGA